AUGGUGGCGACAGGCCCAGCGAGGACUACGGGCCGUCGUAUCACAGACAAGCUAGAGGAGCUAGAUAAGGAUGCUCCCUUCUACUCCUUCGAGUUUUUCCCACCAAAAACAGACAUGGGUCUGGAGAAUUUGCACGCGCGGAUAGCGAGAAUGACGAAGCUUGAGCCCUUGUUCGUGACAGUGACAUGGGGUACAGGCGGCUCAACGGCCGAUAAAUCACUCGAGCUUGCGAAAGCGUGUGAGCGGCAGCAUGGUCUUACGACUUGUCUCCACUUGACGUGUACCAAUAUGGACUCGCACAUUCUUGAUCGAGCACUGGAGGAAGCCAAGGCCAAUGGCAUCCGCAAUAUAUUGGCGCUGAGGGGGGAUCCGCCGCGUGGUCAAGAAUAUUGGACGCCCAACGAAGGUGAUUUCGUGUAUGCGGUCGAUUUGGUCAGAUACAUUCGAAAGCAAUAUGGGGACUGGUUUUGUAUUGGUGUUGCUGCAUAUCCGGAGGGCCAUGCCGAUAACACACACCCAGAACACAUGGAUCCCGCGUCAGAACUCCCUUUCCUUGCUGCAAAAGUACAAGCUGGGGCAGACUUUAUCCUCACGCAACUCUUCUAUGAUGUUGAUGCUUUUCUCAAGUUUCAAAAGCUCCUGAGUGAGUAUGAAGGGGGUAUGCUUGCAAGAGUACCGUUGAUUCCUGCCAUUAUGCCGAUACAGUCUUACCAGACUCUCAUGCGCAUGACUGCUCUAUCCCAUGCUGCUAUCCCUCCAGCUAUACACGAUGCUGUCGAGCAAGUCAAGGGAGACGAUGAAGCAGUCAAGUCUGUUGGUGUUCAAGUUGCCAUUGACAUGAUUCACAGCCUCAGACACAAGACGGGUGGUGCUGUACGUGGAGCACAUUUCUGUACUCUCAACUUGGAGAAAUCUGUGGCCUUGAUCCUCAAACAUGGCGGACUCUUUCGUAAAGCGUCCAGAGAGACAUCGCCUGUCGGUGUGCGUGUCCCCUUGCGGCCUUCCAUUGUACAGAACGGUACAGACGGGCGCCACAGACCUGCAGCAGACAAGAUUGUUGACCAAAUGGCACGCAUCGAUAUGUUGACAAAUCCAACUAACGUUAAUGGCCAAGAUACGCACGAUGUGGAUGCACAAUCACUUGAGGAAGAAGCCGUCAGUACGUCUGAGGGUCACGGCACACAAGCUCGUGAAGCGACUUGGGACGAAUUCCCGAACGGACGGUUUGGUGAUUCACGGUCGCCUGCAUAUGGAGAAAUUGACGGCUGGGGCGUGUCUUUGGGUGUGCAUCGCACCAAAGCCCUUCAGCUCUGGGGUGAACCAAAGACUGCAGAUGAUAUCACGCGGGUCUUUACACGACACUUGAAUGGUGAAAUUGACGCAACGCCUUGGUCGAACGGGCCUGUUUCUGCAGAAACAGCGUAUAUCAAGGAUCAUUUGGUUGCUCUCAAUACGCGUGGACUGUGGACUGUUGGAUCUCAGCCUGCUGUUCAUUGUGCGCCUUCGUCACAUCCUGCGUUUGGCUGGGGUCCUGCUGGUGGCCACAUCUUUCAGAAAUCCUUUGUUGAAUGCUUCAUGACGGAAUCUGCAUGGCGACGAUUACGGGACAGCAUCAAAGGCGAUCCAAUGGUUUCGUAUUACGCUGGCACGCGCAUGGGUCGAUUCGAGACGAGUAUGAAGGAUUCUGGUGACUGUAAUGCAGUGACGUGGGGAAUCUUUCCAGGGAAGGAGAUUGUGCAACCGACUAUUAUCGAAGAGGUGUCAUUCAAGGCGUGGAAGGACGAAGCGUUUGCGCUAUGGGCGGAAUGGGAGCGCUUGUUUGAGCCGGCAUCACAAAGUGCGCGUUUAUUGAGGGGUGUCAUGGAACGUGUGUGGUUGGUGUCUUUGGUGCAUCACGAUUUCAAGGAUGAAGAGGCACUCUGGCGAUUGAUGCUUGAGGCAAGUCUGCCACAGGAAUGA